AGUGAACCACUAGAUCCUCUUCAGACGUUCAGUCGUAGUACACGCCAAUAUACGAAGCGUUUUUUCCUUUUAAUUUGCCCGUUUUUCUUUUCCUUUGCAGCGGGAAAGUGACAAAUUAAGAUAAUAUGUGGAAUAGUUUGUCCGUGUAACUUAUUUAAUCUGUUGACUUCUUCUGUCUGUUGUUGUAUAUUUGACAAGUGUUUGUUGCUGAACAAAAUAUAUUCUAAUAACGAUGACAAGUGUGAAGGCUUGGUCACUGCUUCUACUGCCGUUUUCUCUGGUCUCUAUGGGGAAAGCAGAGUGUCCAGUUCCUUCUAUGAAUGGCAAAUUUGUCUUGUCACUGGAAUCCAUACUGAAGAAUAGCUUCGCAGACGAUUCAGAAGCGCUUUUGGAGUGUGCUAAAGGAUAUGAGAGAGAUAAAGGUCCAACUUCAAUUACCUGUGUGAACGGGGUCUGGAGUGAAGUGAAAUUAAUCUGCAAAAAGGUAGAUUGUGGACAACCUAAACCUUCACCACAUAUGACCUACUCCAUCCGUGAUGGAACAUUGUUUGGUGCCUACAUACAACCCGUAUGUGAGACAGGAUAUGAUCUGGAAGGAUCAAGCCACAGGCAAUGUCUUGUUUCUGGCUGGAGUGGAAAAGCUGAAUGUAUAUUGUCAGAAUGCGAUUUUCCUGAUCCAAUUGAGCAUGGAGAGAGGUUUGGACCCGAGAAUCCUGUGUUUAAUGAUGUCAUUACAUAUUCGUGCAAUGAUAACUACACCCUCGUUGGCAACAGCUCCAUUACAUGUGGUGAAUACGGGGAGUAUAGUUCACCGCCUCCGAUAUGCAUUGUCAUGACAACACCGACAGAAGCAAGCACUACCACAAACAAAGCCACAACAACAGACACAACAACAGUCUCCACCCGUUCACAUGAAGGAGAGGAAGAAAUACUGGAGAAAAUAAUUAUCAUAACAUUGACAAAAGCAAGCACUACCACAAACAAAGCCACAACAAAAGCCUCCACCCGUUCACAUGGAAGAAUUGUAGAAAAGGACACUAAUGGCUCUUUAAGUUUCUUGGGGAUAGUUAUCGUUGCCGUUUUUGUUGCUGUUGUCAUUGUCGGUGCCGUUGCCGUUGCCUGCAUUUGUAAAUAUUCAAAACAAACAGGUUCAUACGAUACUGGUGAAGAACUGAGGGCAAAAGAAGAUUUAUUACUAAUUCAAAGUGUCUAAACUCAAGGGCAAUCAAUCGGACGGCUCCUUUGCUUUAGUGUUACUCUCCUGCACAUGGAUUCACUCAAAUUGAAACAUCUUUUUGUUCUAUUAUUUAAAUUAGGUAUUGUAUUUUGCUACAAAAUGUUUGGCUUUUACAAAUAUAUUACAGUAAUUGAUAGAAGCACCAGAUGAUAUUUUUGUAUAUUUGAAUAAAGAUUGUUUUUUAAGUA